AUGACAUCCACUAUAUUAUCGAACAGCACGUACACUAUAACUCUUAACAACACGAUGUCAUACACCAUGUUGCCAAACACCACGGCGUCAUACACCUUAUUGCCAAACACAACAAACGUGACAAUGACUGCCGCAGCGGGAUUUCAACCAUCACAAACUUUGGUACUUGCUGCUCAAAUCAAUCUCAACCUGUUGUUGGUGCUGCUUAUGAUUGCACUCGGGUGUACUAUGGUUUGGAAAGAAAUUAAAACAGUAUUCAUAAGACCAAUUCCAGUAACUGUGGGUGCACUAUGUCAGUUUGGUUUUAUGCCGUUAAUUGGGUUCGCACUGGCGAUAGCGUUCGAUUUACCAGCCAACAUUGCUAUAGGAACCAUCCUUAUUGCGUGUUGUCCGGGAGGAUCAGCUUCAAACGCAAUGACAUAUUGGUCGGAAGGUGACAUAACACUAAGUGUCUGUAUGACAACUGUGUCUAACGUGUUAGCUAUUGGUAUGAUGCCGUGGAUAUUGUUUCUCUAUACUCGUUACUGGGUUGCUGAAUCGGAAGUACUCAUACCAGGAACUACAGAAAUAGUGGUUACAUUGGUUGUUCUUCUCAUACCAACCGCCAUUGGCAUGUUAAUAAGAUGGAAGUGGGCACGAUUUGCUGAGAAACUAGCCUUUGUGUUGAACAUCAUCGUCAACCUUCAAAUCUGUAUGCUCCUCAUACUUAAUAUAAUUACAUUCCCCCCUGUAUUCAAAUCGGGUGUCAAGCCAUAUGCCAUUGGAAUCAUUUAUCCUUUCACUGCAUUUGGGGUUGGGUAUCUCGUAUCAAGAUUUUUCAAACUUGAGCCCAGGCAAGCCAGAACUGUUGCUUUUGAGACUGGAGUUCAAAAUGGGGCACUUGCCCUGAGUUUGAUAAAUUACCAAAUACUUCAAGGACACAACGUGGCAGGUAUGCUGAUCGUUCCAAUGUUCCACACCAUUUUCGCCCUCGUAGAUGGAUACAUGCUUGUUAUCGCAUAUUGGAUUUACAAGAGGUGCAUCUUGAAGGAAAAGGGUGGACUAUUAAGUAACCGGAUGAAAACUACAGAGAAAAAUAAAGAUAAGAAAGAUGACGAAGAACAAAAAGAUUCAUUUGUCAGUAUGGUUGAUGUAGGGAUACAGACUGGCAUGUGA